AUGGAACCCUACUCAAGACAAGAGCUAACCAGGCUUGCGGCAGAAGAUAUCGCCGUGAUCAUUGGGAAAAUUGAAGCGGAAUCAGAUUGGACCAAAUACUUAUGGAAUCAGACUAAAUUCAAGAAUUUGAUGACGCUGAGCACGUCUCUUCUGGCUCUAUCAUUCAACCAAGCCAAAUAUGAACAGGGCGAGCAGAAGGACAGCUACUUGGCCAAACAAAACAUGCUCCUAGAUGCGUUGGAACUGAUGUGCACCUACCCAAGAAGGAAUCUAUCACACACUAGCCCCAUUCCAUUUCCGACCCUCAAUUCGUUGGUUUCUGCAAAUCUCAUAACCGACAAUCCAAGCGCCGCAGACAAGGAACUAAUUAAUGGAGUAAAGGAGAGUAUUAUCAGCUUCGUGUCGGGACCCAAAAACAUAACUGGCAAUUUCUUCAGACUUCUAAAGAGUUUUUCUGAUACGCGGAAACAAGCUAGGAGGCAGGCAGAAUCAAUAAGACGCUGCGCUGGUAUACAGCAGACGCAUGGUGGCACCAAGACGAUCAAACCGGUCGAGGAUGAAACAUACCCUAAACACGUCUACGAUACACUAUACAGAACCUUGCAGAAGCAUGCAAAGUGCCGUUGCAUACUGCCUGGUCAAUCUCUCUCGGCCCUUGGAAGCCAUUUGGGACGACUCGAGCUCAAGGGGAACAUUCCUACCAUGGAGGAUGAUUUCCUAUUCCAUACAGUGUUCUCAAAAAAAGGGUUGCUCCAAGUGUUUGAUAAUUUACAGUGGCAACAUUUGCAAUUCCUUGUUCCGAGAAAUCCUCAAGGGCGAAAAAUGGUCCAUUUCGAAGUCAAUCCAAUCGCCAAAAGCCCAACAAAGUCCAACUGUAACACAGUCAGAUCUACUUCGGAGUUUUGCAAGCUCCUCACUAAAAAUAUAGGCCCUGCAGCAAUGCAUGUUCGCAUAUCAGAUGGAGCAUUGCAAGUACUUGAGACCGUGGGUUAUAUUGAAGUUGACAUAGCCCAUGAGAGAAGUAUUCCACUUUCCCAAGUACUUCGUGACUACACUGUCGUAUCUAAAGGCAAGAUCCUGAUUGCAUACAUCUUGGCCAAAUCCAUCUGGCAGUUUUAUGACUCGGAAUUUAUGAGUGUCCGUUGGACAACAGAGAACAUCCAGCUCUUUCAGAAAGAACAGGAUGAUGGUGAUGAAGACGAUGAAGCCUCUAUUCACUGGGCUCCCUAUUACACUUUCUCGUUCGAACAUCCAGCCGAGCCUGGCUCUAUGGAACGUCUACCACGGGAUGGGGUUCUUCAUCGCUACCCUCGUGUUCUGGCACUCGGUGCCAUACUUUAUGAGCUUGGUCUACCGAGAGGUAAAAAGUCCAAAGUCUCAACCGAACGUUCUGAUGAGUCCCCAACACUUGAGGGAAAGAUAAAUAUGGUCACAAACCGUGUUAGGAAAGGAGUAACCGGAGAGAAUUGGCCCGAUAUUGGACUGCGGGAUACUCAAACGCGGGCGAACUAUCGCGUGAUUGUUGAGAACUGUGCCAGCAAGGACCUCUUCAGACCCAGUGGACAAGAUCCGGACGCAUUAGAAGAGGAAUUGACAAUUGAAAAACGGCGCGCAAUUCUCUUCGAGGCGGUAGUUGAGCCCCUUAAGCGGAUUGCUCAGGAUUGUGAUUGGGUUGACAAUAAGGGAAAUAUACGAUCCGGCCAUGCUCGAAAGGCAUUUGCGAGGUUAACGAAAGAAUAUCUCACCUCACAGGAUCUGGGGUCAAGCGCACUGCUCAACGACACCACUCAACUAUCUCGAGCUACAUAUCUGGCCCAGGGCAUAUCGGGAGCUUCCAGCAAUGAGAGCCAAGCUUGGCUAAACAAGAUCAAAACGGCAUCCGUCAUGAAUUCUGUGGUGUCUGCAUUUGCAAAGGGUGAACUCAAAGACAAGAGGAUUCGCAUUGCGGUAUUGGACACAGGCUAUGACCCCGGUGCUGUAUUUUUUGCAAACAAAGAUCGACUUCGGCGCCUUCAAAAAUCUAAAGACAACUAUAACUGGAAAGAUUUUGUCGAAAAGGGCCAAGCCAAACCAAAAGACGAGCAAGGGCACGGAACACAUGUCUUAUCUGUACUGAUGAAUGUAGCCCCAGCCGCCGACAUCUUUGUUGCUCGUGUGGCGCGAAACAAUUCGGACUUGCAGGAUUCAGCUAGGAAUGUUGCUGAGGCAAUAGAGUGGGCAUGGAAAGAAUGUUCUGCCGACAUUGUCACAAUGUCGUUCGGGUUCGAUGGUGAGCAAUACGUCGAGGGUGAACCUGUUGUCGGCAACGCAAUACUCAAAGCGCUCACUGAGACGAGUCAACGUACUCUCUUCUUUGCAGCAGCCGCAAAUGAGGGUGGGAAUAGGAAUGAAAUGUUCCCAGCCAGCAAUCAGAACGUCAUGUCAAUCCGCGGGAGCGACGAUCGUGGCUGGGCCUGCAGCUUCAACCCUCCGCCAGACUACAACGCAGAGACAUGUUUCAUGACUCUUGGAGUCGAUGUCCCAGGCGCAUCCCGAGUCGAAAGUGAAUAUAAGGGUGGAGAGGUAUUAAAAUCAGGGACCCUCGAAGGCAAAGUUAUCCUCAUUACAGGAGGUAACUCUGGAUUGGGACUCGAGACUGCACGGCAGAUUUUGAAAAAGAAUCCGAAAACCAUCUACCUUGCUUGUCGCAGUAAAGCAAAGUACGAUGAAGCCAUCAGCAAAUUGCAAAUGGAGGAAGGGUGUACAACCGACGCAGUAUGCUUUCUAGCUUUAGACCUUGCCUCGUUCUCAAGCAUCAAGUCUGCUGCAAAGGAAUUCCAGUCUUCCUCUGGGCGCCUUGAUCUCCUUGUCAAUAAUGCUGGUAUUAUGAUGACACCAGAGGGUCUCACUAAAGAAGGCUACGAGAUCCAAUUCGGCACGAAUCAUAUGGGACAUGCUCUCCUAACACACCUUCUCCUUCCAACGCUCAAAGAAACUGCUACUAUGGCCAAUUCUGAUGUCAGAAUAAUCUUCGUGUCCUCGGCUGCAGAGACAAGGGCCCCACAUGAUCCUUACAAAUUCGACCAGCUCAAGACCACGAUGCCAAACAUUGGUACUACAGCCCGUUAUGGCAUAUCGAAACUCGCCAACGUUCACUACGCUGCUGCUCUUGCUCAACAACUCCAACGCCAAAACAUCAAAGUCAUUAGUCUUCAUCCUGGAAUCGUUCGAACAAACCUCACCGUACCGUUGAUUCAGAACAGUCUAUUACUAGGCACAAUCACUCGUUUAUUAAUCCCGCUUGUUGCCGUUGACGUUUCCAAGGGUGCCUUGAACCAGUUGUGGGCAAUGACCGACCCUGAGGCCGAAAGUGGUGUUUUCUACUACCCUGUCGGUGUCAAGGGGAAAGGAAGCAAACUUAGCCAGGAUACAAUUUUGCAAGAAAAGCUUUGGGAGUGGACUGAGGGAGAAAUUAAGCAGCACCUUGGUUGA